UGCAAUUUCUAAAUCUCCGUAUUCUGUUUUCAGUGUGAAAUAUGAUUUGGCCAAAGAGGUCAACAUUCAGGCCUACACCAAGACGAAAUGAUCCAAACCCUUUCCAGCUAGUUGGGCCUGUGGCUCCCUCGGCCCAGCAGCCCAGUGUUGGACAACCUCAACGAGAGGAGCCACCAACUGAGCUUCAGGAUCGUGCGCCUGAUCAGGAGAAAAAAGGGAAAGGAGCACCUGUGGUUCAAGGUAAAGGCAAAGGGAAGACAAAGCCCUC